AUGUUAUCACAAAAUGCCUUAUCUGGUGAAAUCCCAGAAUUUUUUCACGGGAUCCACUUUGAGAAUCUGUGCCUUGGAAACGUUUCUUUGCCUAACGCGAUUGAAAUACUGUUCUGGCCACCACAUCAUUGCUCAUGGGAAGGCAAUGUCAAGAAAGAAACCAUUCUCUUGCAGUUAGCAAUGUGGUUGUUGUCUUUAUCUGUUUGUGUACAAGCUCAAAAAGGAGUUUUUCUCAAGCACAGCAAGAACAACACCUCACACAGGAUUGCCAUAUUGAAUACUGGGUACAAAUCUCCAGAAUUAUUACCAAGAAGAUUCCUCAAAGGAGAAGGAAAAGAAGAUUAUGAAUUUAAUUCUACACAACCUACAAAUCUCACUGAAGAAACUGAUGGAAGAGUCACUACAGAAUCCUCAUCUGUAAAUGCAAGGAGAUCGUUGCCCAGUAUCAGGAUCCUGACCAAAAUCGAAAGCCCACGAAGGACACAUGGUUAUUGGCCAAACCAAAGAAACAAGGCAUUCAUUACUGGGAAUAUUCACAGACAAGUACCUCAUACUGGAGGACAGUACCCUAGUCGGAUACCACAGACAGGAGGGCAAUACCCCAGUCGGAUACCACACACAGGAGGGCGGUACCCUGGCCAGAUACCAUAUACUGGACAGUACCCUAGCCAGGUACCACUUGCAAGAGGGCAAUACCCAAGACGAGUACCAAACACUGGAAGACAGUAUCCUGUCAGAGUACGAAAUAAUAGACUUCAAUAUCCAAGGCUGGUACCAAGUAAUAGAGCACAGUUCCCUAGACAAGUCAUAAACACUGGACGGCGGUACCCUAUUAGAGUACCCAACAAUAGGGUACCGUAUUCCAAUUACUACCCAGAGUACCCUACAUAUAACCAGGGACAUGAAAGAAAUUCACAAACUUUCAAUGUUGAUCAAUCUGGCAAACCUCAAUCUGUUUCAGAUAUCUGUCCUCAGAUUGAUGCUCCAAUUCUUAUCAAUGGGGUACUAUGUCCUGAUGCCAUUGACCGUUUUGGCAGCCACUUAUGUUACACCUAUGAACAUUAUUACAAGUCUUGUUGCGAAAAAUGUCAUCAAAUCAAAAACAAAGCAGAAAUAGGAUGUGAAUAUGGAGAUCACAGUCCCAAGUGUAAAAACCUUCCUGCUUACCAAUGUUAUGAACACUACAACAGAGCGAUCUGCUGUGAAGCAUGCAAAAUUCACAAGAAGAAAUUGAACAGUGCAAUCCAAACACCAGGUUGUGAAUUUGGUGAUAUGUCACCUCGCUGUAAAUACAUUAAGCCUGCCACAUGUUACCAACGAGACAUUGAAAGGAUCUGUUGCGAAACUUGUCCCAAGUUCAAAAAUGAAAACAACAAAGCAUGUCCUUAUGGCGACCAAAGCAGCUACUUGUGUAAAGCAGUCUUACUUGAUAUAGCACGUUGUUACUCACACCAAACAGAGACCAUUUGCUGUGACACCUGCAGCAAAGUGAAGAAAACGGAACCUGGUUGUGCUUAUGGCGACCAUGCUGUAGUCUUCAACAGUCCAUAUGGAAGUUUGAACUGCGAACAGUUCAUCCGUGUCUAUACGAACAAGGAAUGCAACAACCCAGUCAUCAAAUCUCGUUGCUGUGCCACUUGUGGACCCUAAAUACAUUGAACCUUUCCCGAUCAAUUGGCUACUGAUGCUUAUUCAUUACAGGAGGAUAUAUAACCCAAUUUUACUUACGUUUUUGCAUUCACAUCUGUCUAUCUAUCUAUCUAUCUAUCUAUCAGUCUGUUGCUUCCUCUCUCUAUAUCUCUUUCACUCACUCCCACUCACUUUAUCUCUCUUCUUCACACUGUUUUCUUAGUUUCACACUACAUAGUACAUUUGUUUCAUGCUAUAUGUAUGUAUAUA